AUGGCGGAAACUGAAACCGUAGUUGAUCCUCAGCCCUCUAAAGAAGAAGAAGAAGCUGCAAAUGGAAACGAAGAACAUAUGCCCGAUGUUCAGAAACCUAGUGACGAUUCCGAUUCCGAUUCCGAUUCCGACGACGAAACUCAAGAGAAGGCCCAAACUGAAGCCCUAGAAUUGGAGCUCUACAAUAAUCCCUCCAAUUACGACUCUCAUGUUCAAUAUAUUAAACUUUUGAGGAAGCAAGGGGAUAUAGAUAAGCUGAGACAAGCAAGGGAGGCAAUGAGUGCGCUGUUUCCUCUAAGUCCUGAAAUGUGGCGAGAGUGGGCAAAGGAUGAGACUACCAUGUGCUCUGGAGAGGAUGCUUUCCUUGAGGUGGAAAAGCUUUUCGAGCAAGGGCUGUCUGAUUAUCUGUCUGUUGCCCUGUGGUGUGACUACUUAAAUUUUGUUCAAGAGUAUGAUACAUCGGUCCGUGAAUGUUCUACUAUUGGUAUUUCAAAGGCAAGAAAUCUCUUUGAGCGUGCUAUUACUGCUGCUGGGUUACACGUUGCUGAGGGUUGCAGUAUAUGGGAAUUAUACAGGGAGUUUGAACAAGCUAUUGUUCUGACUAUUGAGGAAACUGACUCUGAGGCAAGAGAAAAGCAGAUACAGAGAAUACGGAAUUUGUUCCAUCGCCAGUUAUCUGUUCCCCUUGUUGACAUGACAUCAACUCUUCUUACGUACAAGACCUGGGAAGCAGAUCAGGGGGUCACUGUGGAUGUCAAUAGUAGCAAAUGCGAUGGUCUUCCCUCUCAUUUUGUGUCUGCAUAUCAAAGGGCAUUGGGGAUGCUGAAUGCUCGUGCUGAUUUUGAAGAAAAAAUUUCCAAAAAGGAUGUAGACGACUCUGAAAAACUUAAAGAAUUCAUGACUUACUUGAAGUUUGAGCAGUCAUCAGGAGAUCCAGCUCGUGUAAAUAUCCUGUAUGAGCGUGCUAUAACUGAGUUUCCUAUAUCCUCUGAUCUAUGGCUUGAUUAUACUCGGUACUUGGAUAAGACAUUCAAGACCUCGAAAAUUGUAAGGGACGUUUAUAACAGGGCAACAAGAAACUGUCCCUGGGUUGGAGACUUAUGGGUUUGCUAUUUACUCUGCUUAGAACGAUGCCAUGCUUCUGAGGAAGAAUUAUCAAGUGUAUUUGAGAAGUCACUGCAAUGCACAUUCUCAAGCUUCGAUGAGUACCUGAAUGUAUUUCUCACCAGAGUAGAUGAGUUAAGGAGGAGAAUUUCUGCAUCGACUCAAGUGGAAGAUGGCAUAAAUUAUGCUGUUAUAAGGGAUAUAUUUCAGCGCGCAUCAGAUUACUUAUCACCACACCUCAAGAAUACGGACAGUUUUCUUCGCAUGCACAGUUAUUGGGCUCAUUUAGAGUCAAAAUUGGGCAAAGAUAUGAUUGCAACUCGUGGUGUCUGGGAGAGCUUGCUUAAAAUUAGUGGAUCUAUGCUGGAAGCUUGGCAAGGUUAUAUAGCGAUGGAAAUUGAAAUGGGCCAUAUAAAUGAAGCUAGAUCCCUCUACAAGAGAUGCUACAGUAAAAGGUUCACUGGGACAGGCUCAGAGGAAAUUUGUCAUUCGUGGGUUCGUUUUGAAAGAGAAUAUGGUUCGCUGGAAGACUUUGAUCUUGCUGUCCAAAAGGUGACUCCUCGUCUUCAAGAGUUGCAUCUAUUCAAACUGCAGCAGGAGAACCAAACUGUUGGUGCGCCAACAGAUGAGAGAGAAAAUUUAGUUAGGAAAAAUUUGAGGGAAAAGAGAAAGCCAGUUUCAAGUUCAAUGGAUGAGCAGUCUCCAGCAAAACGUAGGAAAGAUUUGGAUCAGAAAAAUAAUAAAGCUUAUGGGAAUGAUAAAGGUCAUGGAAGACACUUGGCUGAAGCAAAUGAAGUUGCUCAAGUACAUGACAGCAAAGCAGACAGUGCUAGCACUAAGGAAACGAAGAAUCAUUCUCCUAGAAAACCUGUUAUAUACAGUGAUCAAUGCACUGCCUUCAUAUCUAACCUCAGCCUUCAGGCAACUGAUAAGGAUCUCCGUAGCUUCUUUAAUGACGUUGGAGGAGUGGGUGCUAUUCGGAUAUUAACCGACAAGGACAAGAGACCAAGGGGGUUGGCAUAUGUGGAUUUCUCCGAUGAUGCACACCUGGCUGCAGCUGUGGAGAAGAACAGACAAAGUUUACUGGGCAAGAGAUUAAGCAUUGCAAGGUCAGAUCCCCAGAGAGGCAGAGGGAAAAAAACUGCUGGGCGUAGCUCUAAAUUUGACCGUGGUGAAAUGAAUUCAGAAGUUUCUGUUGAGUCUUCCAAAGGGAGAAGGGGACCUCAGCCACAAUCUGCCGGUCAGGGGCAUGGAGAUGAUGUGCAGCUGAUAGGGAAGAACACAUUUGCUAUGCCAAGAAACGUGCGAGCCCUGGGUUUUCCCAGCAGGGAUAAGCCACAAUCUGGAGAAGCUAAGGAAUUGGGAGACGAAAAUCCAAAAUCGAAUGAUGAGUUCAGGAAGAUGUUCCUGAAAGGUUGA